CCUACGGAUCUUGCUUCCCGUUAGCCCGUAAAGCUGCAAUAACCAAGCCUUGACAUUGCAAAGAUGGAGGCUGUUAUAGUUUAGACCAGGAUAUACAGAAAGCACAAACUGCGAGUUUCAGAGCUCUGUUAUGACAUCAUUUCCAGCUGGUCAAGGUGGAGGCAGGAGGUGUGAGUAGAGUGCAGUAGACAUCAGCAGCAUGUACUCCGAGUGGCGCUCGUUGCAGUUGGUGGUGCAGAGUGACCAGGGCCACCUAAGUGUUUUGCACACCUAUCCCCCAAGUGUGGGCACAGAGGUGGCAAAUGCUGUGGUCAAACCUCUGGGCACAGCUGUAAGCCCAGUUGCCACAGAGAACAUCCUCAAAACAGACAAAGAGGUGAAAUGGACUAUGGAGGUGCUCUGUUAUGGCCUGACCCUCCCCUUAGAGGGGGACACUGUCAAGCUGUGUGUGGACGUGUACACAGACUGGAUGAUGGCCCUGGUGUCGCCUAGGGACUCGAUGCCUCAGCCUGUGGUGAAGGAGCCCAACAUGUAUGUCCAGACUAUUCUAAAGCAUCUCUACAACGUCUUUGUACCAAGGCCUGAGCAGCAUAGUCUGAACCACAUCAGGCUUUGCCAGCAGGUUCUGACUGCAGUCCAGAAGCUGGCACGAGAGUCCGUUUCCAUGGUGAGAGAGACCUGGGAGGUGCUGCUGCUCUUCCUUCUUCGCAUCAAUGACACCUUGCUCGCACCGCCCACAGUUGGAGUGGGGGUAGCUGAGAAGCUGGCAGAGAAACUGAUGGCAGUGUUGUUUGAGGUGUGGCUGCUUGCGUGUGCCCGCUGCUUUCCCACGCCGCCAUAUUGGAAGACAGCAAGGGAGAUGCUGGCCAAUUGGAGACAUCAUCCUCCUGUUGUAGAGCAGUGGAGCAGAGUAGCCUGUGCUUUGACCUCCAGACUCCUGCGGUUUACUCAUGGACCGUCCUUCCCACCUUUUAAAGUUCCCGAUGAGGAUGCCAAUUUGAUUCCUUUAGAGAUGGACAAUGAUUGCGUGGCCCAGGCGUGGUACCGCUUUCUACACAUGCUCAGCAACCCAGUGGACCUGAGCAACCCCGCAGUAGUAAGCACCACUCCAAAGUUUCAGGAACAGUUUCUCAAUUCGAGCGGCAUACCCCAUGAAGUGGUAUUGCAUCCAUGUUUGAAACAACUACCCCAGAUCUUCUUCAGGGCCAUGAGGGGUGUCAGCUGCUUGGUGGAUGCCUUCUUGGGCAUAUCACGUCCCAGGGCUGACAGUGCCCCGCCCACUCCAGUCAACAGAAUUAGCAUGUCGCCGCCGCCCUCAAUCACCAACACCACGCCUCCUCAUAGCCGCAAGCAGCGCCACACAGUGGUCACCAAAACUACAAGCAAGAGUUCAGCUGGCAGUGGUGGUCAGCCAAACAAAACAUCGCAGCAGCAACAGCAGCAGCAGCAGCAGCAGCAGCAGCAGACUUCGUCCUCCCCAACCCUUCUUUCCAGCCCCAACCAGAGCAGUUGGGAGUCUCGGCCCCUGCCAGCCCCAGCUCGACCGAAGGUCAACAGCAUCCUCAACCUCUUUGGCCAGUGGCUUUUCGACGCUGCUCUCGUCCACUGUAAGCUCCACAGCGGCCUCAGCCGAGACCCCAGCAUGACGGCCUCUUUUAUCCAAAUUCUCCUUUCUUAUAAAUCUUCGAUAGCCACUCAAGUGUCCUUGGAGCUGAGGAGGAAGGGUUCCCAAAUGUCCACUGACUCCAUGGUGAAUAACCCAAUGUUUGAUGCCAAUGAGUUCCCAGAGAGCUAUGAAGCAGGACGGGCUGAGGCCUGUGGGACUCUGUGUCGCAUCUUCUGUAGCAAAAAAACUGGAGAGGAGAUUCUACCAGUUUACCUGUCGAGGUUCUACAUGGUCCUGAUUCAGGGUCUGCAGAUUUCUGAUUUCAUCUGUAGACCAGUUUUGGCUUCUAUCAUUCUCAACUCUUCCUCUCUCUUCUGUACUGACCUAAAGGGCAUCAAUGUGGUGGUGCCCUACUUCAUAGCUGCGCUGGAGACCAUUGUGCCAGACAGGGAACUGUCCAAAUUUAAGAUGUAUGUAAAUCCUACUGAUCUGAGGAGAGCCUCCAUCAACAUCCUGCUUGCUAUGCUCCCACUGCCACAUCACUUUGGCAACAUCAAAUCAGAGGUUCUGUUGGAGGGAAAAUUCAACGAGGAAGAUGGCUGGCCUCAUGACCAGCCUGUGUCUUUCCUUUCACUGAGGCUGCGUCUUGUCAAUGUCCUCAUAGGAGCUCUGCAGACAGAGACUGACCCCACCAACACACAGCUCAUACUGGGUGCAAUGCUAAAUAUUGUUCAAGACUCAGCUUUAUUAGAGUCCAUAGGCGCCCAGACUGAAACAGGGAGCAUAGAUGGCAGCCACUCAACCCUGAGGAGUCAGGGUCACAGCCGUACCAACAGUGGCAUCAGCUUCAACAGUGGAGGCAGCACGGAGGCCACCAGCCCAGACUCUGAACGCCCUGCACAGGCGCUUCUCCGUGACUAUGCUCUUCCAGAUACUGCGGCAGGCCUGCUGGUGCGCAGCAUCCACCUGGUCACUCAGAGGCUCAACUCCCAGUGGAGACAUGACAUGAGCAUUUCACUCGCUGCCCUGGAACUGCUGGCUGGACUGGCCAAGGUGAAGGUGGGGGUCGACUCUGCAGACCGUAAACGUGCUGUCAGCUCGAUAUGUGGUUACAUUGUGUUCCAGUGUAGCCGUCCAGCUCCUCUUCAAUCCAGAGACCUCCACUCCAUGAUUGUAGCUGCCUUCCAGUUUCUGUGUGUGUGGCUCACAGAACACCCUGACAUGUUGGAUGAGAAAGACUGUUUGGUUGAGGUUUUGGAAAUUGUGGAGUUGGGAAUCUCAGGCAGUAAGUCCCGUCAGGAGCAAGAAGUUCGACAUAAAGGGGAGAAGGAGCACAACCCGGCUUCCAUGAGAGUGAAGGAUGCUGCUGAGGCAACUUUGUCCUGUAUCAUGCAGGUGUUGGGGGCCUUCCCGUCUCCCAGUGGGCCUGCGUCUACUUGCAGCUUGCUGAAUGAAGAUACUUUGAUUCGCUAUGCCAGACUCAGUGCCACAGGAGCCAGUAACUUCCGUUACUUUGUCCUGGAAAACUCUGUCAUCCUUGCAAUGCUGGAGCAACCUCUUGGCAAUGAGCAAAACCCCAGUCCUUCUGUGACAGUUUUGAUCCGGGGAACGGCUGGUCGACAUGCCUGGACCAUGCAGCUCUUCCAUCAACCGAGAGGGGCCAGGGCUAAUCAGAGGCAGGUGUUUGUUCCUGAAGGCCGUCCAACACCCAACAAUGAUGUGGGGAUUAAGUACAAUGUGAAACAGAGGCCCUUCCCUGAGGAGGUGGAUAAGAUCCCGCUUGUCAAAGCUGAUGUCAGUAUCCCUGACCUGGAUGACAUUGUUAGUAAGGAGGUGUCUUGUAUGGGCUGGGAGGAAGAUUCGAGAGCUUCAGAUUCACUGAACAGAAUUUGCCCUCGUCUGGAAGUUCAGCACGACAAGCUUCGUAAUCUGAUGACCAAGCAGAUAGAGUAUGAGAACGCCUUGGAGCGACACAGUGAGGAAAUCUGGAAGUCCACUCCUUUUCCUGACCCACAGACAGACUGCAAACCCCCUCCACCCUCACAGGAGUUCCAGACAGCACGUCUCUUCCUCUCCCACUUUGGCUUCUUGUCUCUGGAGGCACUUAAGGAACCCAACAACAGUCGUCUACCUCCUCACCUGAUUGCCCUGGAGUCAUCCUUGCCAGGAUUUUUUGAUGACAUCAGCUACCUGGACCUGCUUCCCUGCCGACCUUUUGACACGGUCUUUAUUUUCUAUGUGAAACCUGGACAGAAAAGCAGUCAUGAGAUCCUAAGGAAUGUAGAGUCUUCGGCCAGCGUCCAGCCCCACUUCUUGGAGUUCCUGUUAUCCUUGGGCUGGCCUGUGGACGUGGGACGCCACCCAGGUUGGACAGGACACUUGGACACCAGCUGGUCUGUGAAUUACUGCUCUGAUAGCAAUGAUGUACAAGCAGAGGAAGCGGGUACACCGGAGGACACUGGUGGUUCGGUGUUCAACGGAGAGAAGAAAGUUUUGUACUAUGCUGAUGCUCUGACAGAAAUCGCCUUUGUGGUUCCUUCUCUAACAGAACACUCAGAGGAGUCUUCAGUGCACAGUGACUCCACGGUGGAGGCAGACACCAACUCAGAACUCAUGCCCGGUGUGCUCAAACAACCCAAUCUCACACUGGAACUGUUCCCCAACCAUUCUGAAAGCAUGGAGUCCGCUAAAAAGCUGAGUCCUUUAGUGAAGGCAAAGAGGUCAUCGACUGGAAAAUCCUUCCCCCAACUGGGGCCUGAAACAAAGGCGUUUGUGGUCUGGGUGGAGCGCUUUGAUGAUAUUGAGAACUUCCCUUUGACCGACCUUUUAGCGGAAACCAGCACGGGCUUGGAAGCUAGCAUGAGCAACAGCACUUCCUGCAGGUCGGGGUUACUAGAAAAAGACGUUCCUUUGAUCUUCAUCCACCCUCUGAAGACGGGACUCUUCAGGAUCCGCUUGCAUGGUGCUGUGGGUAAAUUUGGCAUGGUGAUUCCUCUGGUGGAUGGCAUGGUGGUCAGCCGCAGAGCUCUUGGGUUCCUCGUGCGCCAAACGGUCAUCAACGUAUGCCGACGGAAGCGUCUGGAGAGCGACUUGUACAACCCUCCUCACGUGAGGCGGAAGCAGAAAAUAACCGAAAUUGUGCAGCGUUACCGCAACAAACAACUGGAGCCCGAGUUUUACACCUCGCUCUUCCAUGAGGUGGGGGAGGGAAAGCCUCACCUCUAACCCUCCCCCCCUCUCCCCCGUCUCCUGUCCUAACACUGGCACACAAGCGCACACAACAAUACACACAUGCACGCACACACCCCCGUUAUUCUGUACUCAUAAACCACCUACAACUGUGCUUGUACACACACAGACACACACAUGCACACACAGAAUCUUUAUAUUUAUACUGUAUAAUUUUGUUAUUUAUAUGAAUACAUAUAUCAGCACUGUUUGCCUUUGACUCUUAGAUCAAAGUGUCAAAAACCAUGCCAAGGUGGGAAAAAACAAACGACAUUUCUGUGUUGCGGCUACUCACUGAAGAUCUGAACGGCUGAAGUUCAACAGUGAACUUUGCUCCUCGUUUUUAGGUUCACGCUUUGUGGCAAAACAAUUUCUGCUUGUCUUUAACCGCAAUACAGUAGUUACACUGUUGGCCUUUCUGAACUUGUAAAAAGUUUGUCCGUCGAACCUUGUAAUAUGAAUGAACUUCAAGAGGUUUGGUAAUACAGAGUUGUGUCCAAAAUCCAGAUCUGCUCAUCUGUUUUUGUUUCUAACAGAUUUAUGGUUGGAUUAUUAUUAUUAUCAUUUUUUUUGCCAAGGAGAUAAACAUCUUGUAUCCACCUUAAAAUGUCGUAAACACAUAUAUAUGUAUAUAUAGCUUCAAUGCAGGUAACUUAAAAGUUGACCCGUCAUUGGAUCUGACGACAGACUUCCUCGACGUUCACACACAUACACACACAUGCAGACACACACCCUGCUUUAGUCUUCCUAGUGUGAACGCACACUUGGCCUCCGCAGCAGCUGACUAAGCACAUGAGACGUUUAUAGUUUUGUAUCGUUUUCUUCUGGCUUUUACUGUAUGUAGACGUCAUUUUUGACACUUGUGCUCUGUGCCAGGCCAUCCCAUUGCGCAGCUGCCACUACAUUUUGUGUGUGCAUGUAUGAGUAAGAGUGUGUGUGUGUGUGUGUACACAGCAACGUUUGCUUGUCCAGCCAGUCACUUGACACUACAAGGAGUCCGAGACCCCUAAAAGCCCAACACGUUGCAUUUAAGGUUGAAUCCUGUCACUUUAAAAUAUACAGUUUUGAAAAUGCCACGACAUACGUCGAUCGCGACAUUAGAUUUUAGUUUACUCUUAAUGCUUGGAAACACAAGAGUUUACUAAUAGUGAGAGGGGCUACAGAGCUCCUGGAGUUUGCGCUUGAUGUUUUCAGGCCUAAUUUGAAAUCACCACAUUUUUAAGGUUGCAAGUAUCUCAUUACGAAGCAGAACCAGAGCACAGUUUUUAAGUGUCUCGCUCCUCCAAACAAAAUCUAUGUGAUAGAUUCAGAGGCCAAAAUACUUGAUGUAGCUAACAGGAUUAUGUGACUUUAUUUUGGCUGAUCAAAGCUGUAUUUUCUUUCUUUUUCUCCUUUUCUUUUCUUUGGAAAUGUAAACCCAGGAAGAGAUAAUAUUUAACAUGUCAGUUAUCUUCAGUUUGGAUUGCAGAAAUGUGCACUUUUGCCUUCACAAAUGUUAUGAUAAUUUUCUUUUUUUUUUAAAAAAAAAAUACAAUUUCACUCUUAUUUUUCUCACUGUACUUUUGGUUUUAAUUCAAGCCCUCUCACUGUCUGCCUGUAACAAUGUGAAUUUAUUUAUCACAGAGAUGGAGCAGGGCAAACACCUCUAGUUUCUUUUGUUAUAUUGGAAAGUCUUAAUGCACUGAGCACAUUUUUAUGUUCAUUUUAUGUUUAUUUUCUAUUCUCUUUGGUUACCUUACAUGUCCUCUUUUGUACUUUUGUGCAUUUUUGGAAGAAAAACCCUGCUGAAGGAAGAGUUUUAUCUUGUGAAAUAUGAAUGAAGAGGACGCGCUGUGGAGUUUUUAAACCUGUCGUGUCUAAUUGUGACUCACUUUUUAUGACAGUGCUGUAUGCACAUGCCUUUUUCGGAAGGAAAGUACAUACAAUGAAAGACAAACUACAUACAAUGAGUCACACGUUGUAUCCUGUAAGUCCUCUGAGGUUUGAGCAUAUUUAAGGAUUUGCCAUGUACAGAAGCAGAGGAUAAUAUGUAAAUAUGUGAUAGAUCAAGGCAUUUACAAGUUGUUGCAUUCCUCAUCUGAGAUGGCAGAAAAAGAUAUGUAUGUAUGCGUUUUUUUUGUGUGUGGGAGGAACGCAAUGGGUAUUGAAUGUAACAUGCAUCAAUUAAAACUAUUAUUGACAUUUUAA